UUUGUUUAAAGCUUUAGGAAAUUAGUAGCAGAAUUUUACAUUGGUUAACAGCAAAGUAAACAUUAUUACUCAGCCCCAACACAUGCACAUUGCCUAUACCAGGGAUCCUGUCAAAAUAUACACCAUUUAUAGCUUCUUAAGUGCAGUUAUCAUAGAGCACAGUCCCUCACAUCACACAGCUGCAGAGAUGAAUAAACAAAGAGGAACCUUCUCAGAAGUGAGUCUGGCCCAGGACCCAAAGAGGCAACAAAGGAAACCUAAAGGCAAUAAAAGCUCCAUUUCAGGAACCGAACAGGAAAUAUUCCAAGUAGAAUUAAACCUUCAAAAUCCUUCCCUGAAUCAUCAAGGGAUUGAUAAAAUAUAUAACUGCCAAGGUUUACUGCCACCUCCGGAGAAGCUCACUGCUGAGGUCCUAGGAAUCAUUUGCGUUGUCCUGAUGGCCACUGUGUUAAAAACCAUAGUUCUUAUUCCUUUCCUGGAGCAGAACAAUUCUUCCCCAAAUACAAGAACCCAGAAAAUCCUGGAGCAGAACAAUUCUUCCCCGAAUACAGGAACCCAGAAAGCACGUCAUUGUGGCCAUUGUCCUGAGGAGUGGAUUACAUAUUCCAACAGUUGUUACUACAUUGGUAAGGAAAGAAGAACUUGGGAAGAGAGUUUGCUGGCCUGUACUUCGAAGAACUCCGGUCUGCUUUCUAUAGAUAAUGAAGAAGAAAUGAAAUUUCUGGCCACCAUUUCACCAUCCUCAUGGAUUGGUGUGUUUCGUAACAGCAGUCAUCAUCCAUGGGUGACAAUAAAUGGUUUGGCUUUCAAACAUGAGAUAAUAGACUCAGAUCAUGCUGAACUUAACUGUGCAGUGCUACAAGUAAAAGGACUUAAAUCAGCCCAGUGUGGAUCUUCAAUAAUAUAUCAUUGUAAGCAUAAGCUUUACAGGUAAAGCAUUUGCAUUUGCAGUGCAUCAGAUAAAUUUUAUAUUUCUUAAAAUAGGAAUAUAUUAUCAUUGCAUAAAUCUUAAAAUGAAUUAUGUUAUUUGCUCUAAUAAGAAAAUUCUAAAUCAAUUAUUGAAAUAGGAUACACACAAUUACUAAAGUACAGACAUCCUAGCAUUUGUGUCGGUCUCAUUUUGCUCAACAUGAUAUUUGUGGUUUUCAGCCUUUCUAAAAGUUGCAUGUUAUGUGAGUCAGCUUAUAGGAAGUAUCAAGAACAGUUAAACCCAUAGAGACAGAAAGUAGAAUAGUGGUUGCCAAUGCCUAAGGGACGUUGAAGUAGGAGAUGACCACUAAUUGAUAGAAUGUUUCUUUGUGUCGUGAUGAAAACUUUCUAAAUUUCAGUAGUGGUGAUGGUUGUAACUCUGCGAAUAUACUAAACAUCAUUGAUUUUUAAUCAUUUUAAGUGCAUGAAAUGUAUGCUUUGUACACGACACUUCAAUAAAGCUAUCCAG